AUUAACACCAAACAUUACAAUAUAAACACUAGGUAUAGAUUAUAACAUUAUAUUUGAUAACACGAUUCGUUUGACCGUUGCCACUUGUCGGUGAACGACAUAGCACACUGUAGCGUGACAGCGGCGGUGAAGUUACCUUGUUCGGGCGACUGUGUAAUAAUAUUACUGUCGUUGGUGAGUACGACCACUGUAAACGGUACCUAGCCAUGGACAGCCGUGAUCAGCGGGAAAGCGGUAAGUCAGCAUCGAAAAUCGACGGCAAGCAACCAGUGACGGUACGGGUCGAUCGCGUGCUCGGUCGCGGCACGUUCAGUACAGUUUACCGGGCGCAGGUGGCACGGCGCGCGGAUAACGGCCAAAGUCAUUCGGAGUACGUGGCGCUCAAGGUGUUAAGGCUGAGACGAAGCGACCGCAACGAUGAGAAAGCCAAAUGUAACCAAGAGACGGCAAAAUUCGGAGGCCGAGUCGACGCCGAGCACCGAGACUGCGUCAACGAGAUCGUCAACCUCAAGAAACUUGACCAUCCAAACAUAGUAAGACUACUGUGGUGGGACUACGUGCCAGCCGAAGACGACGGGGCGGCCCUGUUGAAGAUCGCCACCGAGUUGGCCACGGGCGGUGAUCUCAGACGCAUGGUGAGGGAACACUACGCGGCCGGUGCUCUUAUCGCCGAGGCCACCGUGUGGUCGUGCACUGUCCAGUUAUGCGCCGCUUUGAAACACAUGCACGACGCAGGCAUAAUGCACCGAGACAUCAAGCCGGCCAAUAUAUUCGUGUACAACGUAUACGAUUGUUGUGAUGAUGAUGACGAUGGAGAUAUCGAUUGUCACGGCGAGCAAGACAAUAGGUCGUUGCACCUCCGUUGGGCCCGGGCGACACUUAAGCUGGGCGAUUUUGGUUUCAGCAAAGGAUUCCGGUCGUGCAACGGUGCCGUCGACGGCCCAAACGGAUUCGGCCUGCGUUCCGUCUUGGGCUCUCCGCUUUACAUGAGCCCCGAACGGCUGCUGCUGGUGGACGGAUGCAGUGGCGAAAUCGACCACGAACACCUUGGCACUUACUACGCCGACAGUGACAUAUGGUCGGCCGCGUGUUGCGUGUACGAGCUGGCCGCUCUACAGGCGCCGUUCCAUUUAAAAGGCUCGCUCGAUAUGAACCUCAUGAUGAACCGAGUGACCAACGGGUUUUAUCCGCCCAUCCCAUGUGACAUGUACUCGCCACAGAUGGCAGAGUUUAUCGACGCUUGUAUGGCCGUCAAUCGACGGCUCCGGCCCACCGGUUCUUCAGCGCUACGCCGGGCCCGUGCUGGCCUGGUCGAAUCGCUACGUCGCCGGCAGCGGCCCGCACGGUCCCGAUCUCCGCGUGUUAAAGGAUCGUCGCCGCGAACAGGACAGCUGGCCGUACCAUCGCGAUCAACUACUCUGUCGUCGCCACAAAAGGGAGGAUUAUUAGCUGUACCGUCGCGAACAACCACUCGGACGUCCGUGAGAACAGUUUUGCAAGAUGUCCCACCGCGAACAAUUUCAAUACAGGUCCCCUCAAUUCAACAGAUCAACAAAAGUGGCCCCUGUCAAAGGCCUGCUGUUGAGCGCUUAACAGUUCCACAAUGGUCACGCCGUCAAGCAACCACCGCUGUCGUCGGAGAAAAUGGGAACCCCUCAACGCUGCCCGUGGUACUUAAGUAGUCUAUAAAAAGUUUUGCCGCUUUCAAGAUACUACUAGUGAUUUACGGAAAAUAACUUUUACAACAUAACAUUUUAUAAGAUAUUUAAUUGUUGUUUUGAAAAAACCCCUAUGGUAAUGGGGAAAAAAAAUUAACGUCGAUCAUCAAAAAAAAAAUACACAAUGCCGCGGCAGUUUUUUAACCGAUUGAGAUAUAAUACAUAGUCGUUUUUAUUAUAUAACUUCUACUACGUUCUAUUGAAUUUAAAAUUUUUAUAUGAUAUUUAUUUAGUAACAUUUUGUACACUUUUAUACAUUUUUUUAUUAUUGUUCAUUUUUCUUAAAUAUUAUAGAAUAAAAUAUAAUCAAAAUAUGCAAAUUCUUCAAAUUAUUAACCUAUCUUUAUAGAUAGAGUAAUCGUGUAUGUUUAGCAGUAGAAUAAACUUUGUAAUUCAAGAAUAUUUGAGGCUGUAAUGCGAGGACAAAAAUAAAAUUAAAAAAAAUAAACAUUUUGGUUAAUUGUAUAAUACAUUAAGUACUAACAUGAACAAAACAAGAUUUUAACAUUUUAAUGAGCCAUUUCAUUUAUGACCUUUUUGUUGUAGUCACUUUUUUUAAAAAGGGGUCCUAUACAAAAUUGUAUCCACUCUAUGCAUUUUGUUUUGCUCAUAAUUUUCUUCCAUAUAGACGUUCUGCUUAUGUUAAUUAAAUUGGUAUGAUCAUUAACAUGUUAUAAUCAUUUUAUUGUAAUUGUCCCAUAAAACCGGGGGACGCUAAAC